AUGGGGAUGCAGAUGGAGCCGCUGUUCAAUGAGGACUUUGAUAUCUCGACUAUCCCGCCUAUCGCGCUCGGGAUGCCGAAGGACCUUCCGGCUCCACAGGUCGAGGAGCAAACGCAGUCGCCACAUCAUGAGCAACAGCAGGGGGGAUGGUCGGAGCAAGGGUUCGUGGGUGGCGAGAAGUACGGCAUGAGAGAUGGAGCGGUGGAGGUGAUGGAGAUGGAGAUGCAGGAAGCUGAGGAUCCGUUCUUGAGUUCGAUGAGUAUGGGUGCGAGUUCGAUGUCGUGGGAUGGGUUGGGUAUGGAGGGGUACUGAAAUCAAGAUGGAGGGGAUUCAGUAUCGGGAUAACGACACGAACGAACACGCAACGCACAUCAAUAUAGACUCAUCACACAUUCCGAACAAGACAAACGCACGGGUCUGCGUCUCCACUUCUCCACAUCCCUAUGCCUCUCAACUUCGCUGUAUCAAAUCCUUCUCAGUCUCGCUCUCGCCUGGUUCAAUUCGCCCACUGUAUCAAACUCACCCUUUCUGCUUCAUCUUCAUCUUCUCAUGUCUUCCUCUUUCGGCCUCGUAUUCUUCUUCUCGUCUCGUCCUCACAGCUGUAUCCCUUCAACCUCUUCCUGGCGAACCCCUCUUCUUUCUCC